AUGGCAAGCCAGUCGUUGUCGCGAAAUCGCCGCCCAGUAGUGGACGAAGCAACAUUUCUGGAAGAUUUACGCAAGUUGAAGCCCGCAGAAAUUAGGGAACCGCAAAAGUUCACCUCACACAAGUUGACUUUGGAUCCUAAAGAUGUGAGACCACGAGUUGGUGCCGCAGCCGCUGCGGAGGUUGCAUCGGCAAUGGAAAGACCAGCCAGGCAUUUUAUUGGAAGACCGCAACCGCUAAUCACUGAAGAUCGUGGCAAUGUUCAGGCUGAAUUGACCACUUUUCACAGAUAUCGUGAUUAUCUCGGAAUUGCUGGCCCGAUGCCAAACAUUAAGCCUAAUAUGGGCGCUAUGAUGAAGAUUCCGGCGUUCUUGCAAGCGCUACAGCAGCGGAAUGAGAUGUUGGGAUUCACUGGAGGUAAUACUAUACCUCCUCAGUUGCCCCACAGUACGCCUGUACAAUCAGUUAAGCAAAUUCAAGCUCCUCCUCCUCCUCCUGUUUCGCAAACUGAACAACACUUCUACCCGCAAACACAAGCCCCACCUCAAAUUAAUCAGUUUCAACCUCCUUUACCCUUCCCAGUGCCGCUCAAUAUACGACAAGCCAUUCAACGUCUACAACCACAACAGGCGGCUCGUAUACUCAACGAACUGCUCCAAAAACAGCAUCAACAGAGAUUUGUGGAUGAUCUCGAAAGAUCGGCACUUAUGUCGCCUACCCCACCUCUAACGGAAUACGAUUACCCGCAUGAUAGUGGUAGAACUCGCCAUGGCUUAACGUCAAAAAAAGCCGAUGAAUCAACAGUGUCAGUGAGAAAACCAGAUGAAAGGAUAGCUCCUGGAGUUCCUGGAACAGUGCCGCGCGCUCGUGAAGAAUCUCCUCCAGAGGAAAUCAUGUGGGAAAAUGGACCUGUUGAUCAUUUGGAUUGUGCAGAGUACUAUGAGAGUAUUAAUCCGAAGCCGAAGGGGAAGACUAAAGAGAAUGGCCUUGGAGCGACUGGCAUUGUGUUGGGGCCAAGUAGUAGAAUACAAAGAAAUGAGAAAGCGCAUGAUUUCGCUAUUACAAAACCAAAACCGCCAUCAUAUCUUUCGCCUGAGGAGGUGAAAAAGUUUGAUAAUUGUGUCAAUCGACUACGGAUGAUUGCUACUAUGGUACAGGACGACUGA